GUUCACGCAGAAGCUGGACGUGGACAGACUGUCCUCUGGUAGGACGACCCACCCAGCAACGGGACGGCUGCAGGAUGAAGGCGCUGCGGGUCGGACUCACCCUGGUUCGGCACGGAGAGACGCAGUACAACAAGGCAGGAUUGUUACAAGGCCAGGCCGUGGACUCCUCCCUGUCAGAGACGGGUCGGCAGCAGGCUGCGGCUGCAGGCUCGGACCUGAGAGACGUUGUGUUCAGCAACGUGUUCAGCAGCGACAUGCGGCGGGCCCGGCAGACUGCUGAGGAGAUCAUGCAGCAGAACAGCAGCUGUCUGCGGCUCCAGAUGGUGUGUGACCCUUUGCUAAAAGAGAAAAGCUUUGGGGUCGCAGAAGGCGGACCGGUUGAGGACCUCAGAGCGAUGGCCAGGGCGGCGGAACCGGUCCAGGAUUUCACCCCUCCAGAGGGUGAGACUGCACAUCAGGUCAGGAAGCUGGCCCACCACGCCCACGCUCUGGUUGUCUCCCAUGGCGCCUUCAUGUGCGUGGCGGUGCGUUACUUCGUGGAGGAGCUGCGGUGCAGCGCCCCUGCAGGCUGCGACAGGAAGCGCAUGUUCUCGCUGAGCCCCAACGCGGGGAUCUGCAGGUUCAACCUGACGGUGGCAGCAGGGGCGCGCUUUGUGGUGUCGGACAUGCGCUGCGUGUUCAUGCACAGGGUGGCAGGGGCAGAGCAGGAUGAAUAACCUGCUCAUGAUUUAUUGAUACAUUUAUUUUAGAGAAGGAAACAAUCAUUGUCCGCAAAGAUGAUGAUGGCACAAUGUUUAGUUUUAUCAUAAACUCAAAAAAAGACAUGAAACACAAAUAUUAAUAUUUGAUCAUUAUUUAUAAUCAAGGGUGAAAAUAAAUUGACUGAAUCAUGUAUUUCAUUAGCAUGCUUCAUAAAUCCAGACAAACUGUGACGUAAAAUAGUUUUGGUUCAUAUUUUCAGUGCUUCAAAACUAUUUCUCCUGCUGUUUUUAGCUUUUAAUUAGUAAAUAAGUUUAUUUUGUAAACAAAAAUGAAAAAAACAAAACAUUAUAAAUGAUACUAAAAUCUUUGUCACAUGUAAGAAUGAUCAUAGUAAUGAUAAUAUUAUAAGAAGAAUUAAUGAAAAGCUUCAUAAUAUCAAGUUGAGUUUCUUUAAUGAGUGGAAACAGUCAAUAAAAUUAAUAAAGUCUGUUUUUAUGGAGUUUCAUAUCAUAUUUCAGAAUGAAACAAAUGAAACUGUCAUGCUGUGGCGGUGGACCCAAACGCAGCAGACAGUAAACGGAGAAACAAGAGCAUGUUUGAAUGAAGAAAAUCAACCAACAAAAAAUCCAAAAUCCCCAAACAAAGAAAGUGGGAACACGAGGGAACAGCAGCUGAUCCAGGGAGGGAACAUGGUGGAGACGAUCAGGUGACGAGACGGACCGGCGAGUUGUGACUGGGAUACAGGAGCUUAAAUACUGGGAGGCAGUAAACGGAACAAUGGGCCCAACGAGAUGAGAUAACUGGCUGACGAGAUGUAUGGGGAAAAACAGCAGGGAGCUGAAAAUACAUUUAAAACCAAAGAAAACACUAAUACUACAGAAAACCUGGUAAACUCAAAGAGACAUAACCAGACAGAAGGCUGGACUGUCAAUAAUAAGAUCUACAAGAUGUAGAGUUAUGGAAACGAGAAGAUCUGAACAAAGAGAUAACCUAAGGAGAAUUACUAAAGAAAGACAAAAUAAACCUAAAGUGACAAAUAAUGGAAACACUAUGAGGGGAACUAGAAGGAUUAAAUAAAAAUAAAGAAGCUCGACAUGGACUCAGACAAGAAAAACAGAAACUAACUGUUUCUGUUAGUUUCCCCUAAGAAGAAACUCUAUGAAGGGCUGCAGACAAGGACAAGGAAAUUCCAACCACCCUAAAUAACAUCAAAUAAUCAAACUGAAAUGACCACAAAGGGCGAAGCUACAGAAACUAAAACACAAUGAGAAACAAA